UUCUCGAAAUGUCUUCACUCUUCCUCUGUUAUUAAAACAAUAAAAAUACCAGAGAAUCUCUCUCUCUCGUGGUAGUGACUAGUGAGUAAUAGCAUUUGAAGAUUCCAUUCCGGUUCUGCCAUGGCAUUUGCUCAUCAUUCACUCGCCAUGUCCGUGGACGGUUCAAACCCUCCGAAAGUAUCGAUUUUCAUGUCAUCUUCUUGUUAUUCAGCUUCUUCCACUGCCAAUACUGCUUCUCUCUUCUCGAAUAAUUUCUCUUCUUCUCUUCGGACAAAGACCAAAGAACGCAAGUUAUCACUCUUUUCUAGGUUCAGUAAAAUCGCACUUACAGCAGCAAGGGCAAAGGAGCAAGAAUCUGAAACAAGCUUAGCUGCAGAUGCUUUUACUAAUUUCAAGCAUCUGCUCCUUCCAAUCACUGACCGGAAUCCAUAUCUUUCUGAUGGGACAAGACAGGCUACGGCAACUACUGCUGCUUUGGCAAAGAAAUAUGGGGCAGACAUAACAGUAGUUGUUAUUGAUGAAAAGCCAAAAGAAUUGUUUCCAGAGCAUGACACCCAACUAUCUAGCAUCAGGUGGCAUCUCUCUCAAGGUGGAUUCCAGGAAUACCAGUUGAUAGAGCGACUAGGGGAGGGGAACAAACCAACUGCCAUCAUAGGUGAAGUUGCUGAUGACUUGAAUUUGGAUUUGGUAGUGAUAAGCAUGGAAUCCAUCCACUCGAAACACAUUGAUGCAAAUCUCUUGGCUGAGUUCAUCCCAUGUCCUGUGCUUCUUUUGCCACUCUAAGUGUGGCUACUCUACUCACCUUUACUUUUUUUUUUUCGAGAGAACUCACCUCUACUACUUACUUCCAUGUAAAAAGUUACUAGUCUCAUUUUGUGAAUCUAUAAAUCUAUAGGAUACAUGAUACUAUCGCAUGCUUUAUGUUCCCCACA